AUGGUUUUUAGGUAUAAAUGGACAUUUAAACAUGAAGGCAAUGUGCCUAUAGAAGUGUAUUUUCUCAAUUCAGGUGCUGAUCGAGAUGUGGGAGGUAGAUUGUUGGAGGCCUGUAAUAAUAACCUGGAAAUGGCCAUAGGGAUGCACAUGGAUGUUGGUGAUGUCGGGCAGCAAGGAGAUGGUCAGUGUGCUCCUUCAGCAGCUGAUCUGGAACAAUUUAUUGAUGAUGUUGAUGAUGUUCGAGCACCUAUUCCACAGAAGAGAGAAGUUUUAGUUGAAGAGGGUCCAGUCCUUGCAUACAGAGGUAGAAGAAGACCAGCAGCUUCCGUUUUUGAUGGAUUCAGAGAUUUUCAAGCAGAAACUAGACAGCAAGAAGAAAAUUUAAACAGUGCCUCGAGUAGUACUCAACCUAAUAAAGCUGCCAAACAGAGAACACUAGAAGAUUUAUUCCGUCCUCCUAUAGACAUCACAUUUAAAGGAACAUUCCAAAAGGCACGAGAGGCAGGACAGAACAAGAAGAAAUGGUUACUAGUGAAUAUACAGAAUGUACAGGAAUUUCAAUGCCAGGUUUUAAAUCGUGAUGUUUGGAGUAACGAAGCUGUUCGAGGAAUGAUUAAACAACAUUUUAUCUUCUGGCAGGUGUACCAUGACAGUGAAGAAGGAACGAAGUAUAUUCAGUUUUAUAAAGUAGUUCAAUGGCCUUAUAUAGCUAUUAUAGAUCCCAUUACUGGUGAAAACAUGAUGAAUUGGAAUACAAUGGAUGCCUUAAAAUUCUGUGAUAAUGUAUCAGAAUUUCUAGCAGUCCAUUCAUCAUUAGAAAGUAACAGUGAUUCCAGCCCACCGAGAAAACGAUUAAAAAAGAAUUCUUUAGUGGACGCAACAGAAGAGGCACAACUAGAGGCAGCAAUAAAGGCAUCAAUGGUGCAAGAAAAAAAGAAAGUUGUUUUCGAAACCGAUUCAGAUUGUGAUAGUGAUGUCGAAACAUUUUCCGAUUCUGACGAGGAACCAAUCAACACGAACAAUUCAGGGUCAAAGGGCACAAAAACUUCCAAAAAUGCUCAAAAAACUGAUGUCCUUAAAAGCGAAAGUAACGGUGAAAUCGCGAGUGGGUCACAUGACCAGAGUGUCUCUAAUAACAAUGUGAAUACGUCACAAACCAGUGAAUCUACAGACUCUAGUUAUUGUCUAUCUGACAGUAUCAAUACUGAAUUAACUUGGGAACAUGAUUCGACCAAUUUAAUGGUGAGGUUUCCCGAUGGUAAAAGAGAACAGUUAUCAAUACCAUGCUCUUCAAAAUUAAUGGCACUAGUAAAAUUUGCAGCAUCAAAAGGAUUUUCUCCAGAACGCUUUGAAUUAGUGACAAACUUUCCUCGUAGACAACUGUCUUAUUUAGAUAUGAAACAAACCAUUCAGAAAGCAGGACUCCAUCCUCAAGAGACAGUGUUUGUUCAAGCCAGAUCUUAG